AUGGACUUGCAAGGACUGUGUUUUUCAAAUUAUGGAGAGAUGAGGAGACACUCCUGCUUUGCUUUUUUGUUCUGUGGGAUAUUUUUGCCUGGAAUCCUUGGUUUUCCACAGACAAAUACCUCAAUUGAUUGUGAUUCUCUGUUGCCAAACUAUGAAGUUGAACCACAGACAUCUGCACCGCCAUAUAUUAUUGCUGUGUCUUUUGAUAACUUUGAGCCAGGAAAUGAAGUCCAAGUAACUCUAGAAGCACUUGGAGAUGCUGGGUUUAAAGGAUUUAAUCUACAAGCUCGAGAAAUAGAUGGAGAUGUUCCUAUUGGUACUUUUAAAAUUACAGAUCCAAACACUAAAGGCUUGGAAUGUCAUAACAUGACGAAUUCAGCAGUGAGUAAUGCCAAUUCAGAUGUGAAACAGAAGGUUACAACAACAUGGAUUGCUCCACAUGACGUUAGAGGAGAGCUUCAAUUUAUUGCAACUGUUGUUCAAAAUCUAGAGAACUUUUGGGUUGGAAUUCAAAGCAAAACUCUCACACCUACACAUUCUGAGUCAGUUAAUGCGACAGGAAAAAGUAAAAGGAAGCUUAUGAUAGAAUUAGAAUGUAACAAGCGUGGAGGGACUUACUCAACAGGCCGAUGCAUCAUGGUUGGACCUUCCAGUUCCUCUCAGAGCAGCUAUUCAGGCAGUCAGGGUGGAGUAGUCUACACAAUAAGCAAGAGUGGAUGUGGCCCUGGAGGUGCUGCUGGUGCAUAUGGCCUACACGCCUGCAGAGAUAGUGCAUCCUUAUCCAGCAGUGGUCUUACUUAUGGCCAGUCUGUCCCUUCAAGCAGUUCAGAUUCCAGUAAGAAGGUAGUGGUCGUUGCCAACAGCAACCCUUUCCCACCUGUGCGUCACACCUUCCCUCAGAGUUUGGGAAGCUCUGCUACAAGGAUCAUAGUACAGAGUGGACAAAAACAGCAAACCAGCAGCAGUACUUAUAUUCAGGGUUCCCAAGGCAGCCAGAUCUAUGGCCAGGGCUACAGACCUCAAGGUGGCAGUUCCUAUGGCCAGGGUGGACCAAGUUUCUCAGGUGGCAGCAGCAGCAGCAGCUCCUAUGGCCAGGGUUCUCAGCCUCAAGGUGGCAGCUCCUAUGGACAGGGGUACCAGCCUCAAGGUGGCAGUUCCUAUGGCCAGGGUGGAUCAGGUUUCUCAGGUGGCAGCAGCAGCAGCAGCUCCUAUGGCCAGGGUUCUCAGCCUCAAGGUGGCAGCUCCUAUGGACAGGGUGGAUCUGCAGCUUAUUUUGGCAGCAGUGGUUGUGGACAAGGUGUCUCCUAUGAUAGCAAUCCCUGCCACCAGGGUGGAUCACAGGGUGGAUCACAGGGUGGUCAGCAGAGUGGAUCAUCAUCCUCCCAAAAUUAUGGUGACAACCAGGAUGGAUCCUAUUCACAAAAUUAUGGUGGUGGCCAAGGUGGAUCAUCCUCAGACACCUAUUAUGAUAAUCAAGAGUCACAAGAUUUCUCAGAUGAUAGUAAUCCCAAUGCCUGUGAUGAUAAUGACACUACCUACAGUGCCAAUAGUCAGCGUUCUGGUUGUGCAAAGAAGAAAGUUGUUGCCCGAGACACAUCACAUGUUUUAAGCAGAAGAGCCUAUGAUGUACAGAAUGCCUCUUCUCCUUCAAAUAGCAGCCACUCUGACAUGCAGGGCGGAUCAUUUAUUGCAACCAGUGGAUCAAGUAAUCAGGGUGGUUGCAUUUGUCCUGAUGGAAGCAGUGGUCAUAGACCGGGAGCCCCAGGUUCUUCAUACAACACAUAUUCUGGUAACCAGGGAGGGCCUUACUACUAUCCUGGAGGAUCCUAUGGACAGGGUGGCCCAGGUUCUUCCCACAGUUCUUACUCUGGUAACCAGGGAGAGCCUUCCUACUAUGGAUCUGGUGGAUCUUACGGGCAGGGAGCCCCAGGUUCUUCAUACAACACAUAUUCUGGUAACCAGGGAGGGCCUUACUACUAUCCUGGAGGAUCCUAUGGACAGGGUGGCCCAGGUUCUUCCCACAGUUCUUACUCUGGUAACCAGGGAGGGCCUUCCUACUAUGGAUCUGGUGGAUCUUACGGGCAGGUAGGUGCUCUUUCUUCUUUGUAG